AUGACAAAGGUCAGAGCAUCUGCCAAGUUUUGUCAUUUUACACAGCCAUCACCAGUGACAGCUGUGGGAGUCAGGCAAUCUCAUGAGACUCGUGAGACUGGGUCUAUAGAGGAUCCUGUGGGAACUUCCAUAGAUGUUCUAGUGGGGUUUGGGGAAGGGCUUUUAUUUCUUACCAUCAACCAUUCUAAAUUGUUCUAGACAGUCCUGAUUUUGGGGUCCUGUCCCCCAUUUCAUUUUCAACCUCAGGUGUUUUGCUUCUCUCUAAUAGAAAGUUCCUUAAAAAGCAUAGUGCAGGCAUGUCUUAAAGUAACACUCAAUAUCCAAAAUAAAACAAAUAAGUAAAUAAAUCGCUGUUUAGAAACUAUACUUCCAAUAAAAAGUCAUACAUUUAAUUAGGCUUUAAAAAAAAAAAUUAAAAAAAAUAAAUUGAGGGUUUAUAUAAAAACAGCUCACAGAUCUCUUGUAUGAAGCCUAUGCAAGUUUUUCCCUACUGUUCCAUUCUAACCCCCGCCCAGACUUUCUGUGGCUGUCCAGUCUGUGUGUCAAGGUUUGUGUAUGCGUCACUGUGUGUAUCUGUGUGUGUGAAUGUGCCAGUGUGUAUCAGUGACCCAUCUAAUUAUGGACAUCUCCUACCCCUAAUAAUACUUUUUUUGUGUGUGCAUUACCCUUUUACAAUUGCUAUUAAGUUAUUGGACUUCUACAACUUUAAAUGGAAGCCGAGAGAUGCAAGAUAAGCAGAAUUGAACAGCAUCCCCAUCCUGAGAAAGUGUUACUGUAAUCAUAAUUAGCACAAAUUAAUGAAUUUAUUUCUUGAACUUCACCAUUUAUGUACAAAUUAGUCAUCGCAAAACUGUGAAAAAUUAUAUACAUUUAUUAGGGCUCAAUAAAUAAAGAAGCUGAAAAUUACAGCUGAAAUUUCCCAAGGGUCUAAACAGGUCUGUCCGGUGAUCAGGAGGGAGGUUUCCGUGUUAUAUUGACUGGCACAAUAAAAUAGUGUGAUUUGGCAGAAUGGCAUAAAUAGCUGAUCAGCUAUAGUGACAGUUUAGUUAUUGUAAACUAAUUAUUGCAUAUCUGUGUUUAGUACAUAUGCCCAUUGACACUGAUCUCUCGCUGACAAACAUAUUAACCCUCAUAGCUCUAUACAGUGUCCACCACAUAGCAGACUCUGUGUGUGUGUGUGUGUGUGUAUAUAUAUAUAUAUAAUGUAUAUGUGAUUGCUAAAGACAUCAUGCUGCUGAAAUAGAAUUGAACGCAGGUGGUACGCAAACACAGAAGUAAGUUAAUCAUUGCCCCAGAGGCCGAUGGGACCGGAAGUUUAUAUAUUUGUUUGUCCACACGGGGUGUUCUAUCAAAUUUCCCUACCCGUGAAAAUCCCCUACCCUUGUCACUUCCGGUGAGGGGAAUCAGCUGGAUCCUGUGCUGCACAUGUGUGCUAGCACUCCUGCUACUCCUCCACAGCCAGGUCCUGGAAGGUUAGUAACACAGCAAGGUCCUGGAAGGUAAGUAAAACUAGUUUUACACUUUCAUUAUAGUUAGUGCAUUCACUAAGCUUAGGACAUGGGACAUUUAGGGUUAAUGUUAGGGUUCAGAUUAGGAUUAGGGACUUGCUUUGAUUUAGUGAUAUUUCACAUUAGGGGAAUAUCUAUAAAUAGUGAUUUUUCACACUUAGUGAAUGCACUAACUAUAAUUAAAGUGUAAAACUAGCUUUACUUACCUUCCAGGACCUGGAUGGGUUACUUACUUUCCAGAACUUGUCUGUGUUAGUUACCUUCCAGGACCUGGCUGUGUUACUUACCUUCCAGGGCCUGGCUGUGUUACUUACCUUCUAGGGCCUGGCUGUGUUACUUACCUUCCAGCUCCUGGCUGUGUUACUUACCUUCCAGCUCCUGGUUGUGUUACUAACCUUCCAGGACCUGGCUGUGUUACUUACCUUCCAGGACCUGGCUGUGUUAGUUACUUUCCAGCUCCUGGCUGUGUUACUUACCUUCCAGCUCCUGGCUGUGUUACUUACCUUCCAGCUCCUGGUUGUGUUACUAACCUUCCAGGACCUGGCUGUGUUACUUACCUUCCAGGACCUGGCUGUGUUACUUACCUUCCAGCUCCUGGCUGUGUUACUUACCUUCCAGGACCUGGCUGUGUUAGUUACUUUCCAGCUCCUGGCUGUGUUACUUACCUUCCAGGACCUGGCUGUGUUACUUACCUUCCAGGACCUGGCUGUGUUACUUACCUUCCAGGAUCUUGCUGUGGAGGAGUAGCAGGAGUGCUAGCACGCAUGUGCAGCACAGGAGCCAGCUGAUUCCCCUCACCGGAAGUGACGAUGAUGGGGGGGACCCAGAACACCUGAGCAGAGCCAAACUGGAACGCAAACCGGAAGUGCUCUGGGGUGAGUGUCAGGAAGGGAAGCGGAGAGCCCGGGCCCUGCAGUGUGUGGAGGGCUGUUUUAUUUUCCUUAAUGCCAGAAACAUGCCCUAUCCGCCGCAAUACGCAGGGACAGUGAGUAUUUAGUAUUUACUGAUAUCACAGUGUAUGGGACUGUGUAACAUUCUAUUUAUUAAUAUCAGCAUGUUUGGGGCUGGGUUUAAAUACACGGCAGCCCGUGUUUAGGAUAAACUAAAGUACUUGUUCUUUAAAUAGUCUGUGUACUCAGUGCUUUACUAUAAGAGGGUAUCAUUCCUCCUGGUCACCCCUAAUGUACCCUGAAAAUACCCUCCAUUCUUUAUAUGGAAUGUGCCCUGAAAAUACCCUCCAUUCUUUAUAUGGAAUGUGCCCUGAAAAUACCCUCCAUUCUUUAUAUGGAAUGUGCCCUGAAAAUACCCUCCAUUCUUUAUAUGGAAUGUCCCCUGAAAACACCCUCCAUUCUUUAUAUGGAAUGUCCCCUGAAAAUACCCUCCAUUCUUUAUAUGGAAUGUCCCCUGAAAAUACCCUCCAUUCUUUAUAUGGAAUGUACCCUGAAAAUACCCUCCAUUCUUUAUAUGGAAUGUACCCUGAAAAUACCCUCCAUUCUUUAUAUGGAAUGUACCCUGAAAAUACCCUCCAUUCUUUAUAUGGAAUGUCCCCUGAAAAUACCCUCCAUUCUUUAUAUGGAAUGUGCCCUGAAACUACCCUCCAUUCUGUAUAUGGAAUGUCCCCUGCCAAUACCCUCCAUUCUUUAUAUGGAAUGUCCCCUGCCAAUACCCUCCAUUCUUUAUAUGGAAUGUUCCCCUGUCAUUGCCGUGCCAUAUCUGAGUGAUAUUCAACCAGUCCAAACCAAGGCUGGCGAAUGAUAACCUCUAAAUGGACAUCCUUACAUAUACAAAGAUUCUACAAAAAAGUAACAAUUAUCUGCACAUAAGCUCUUUGCUGAAUCAAUGGGACAGUACACGCUGCAAUCCAUUCCCAAAUCACUCCUGUUCACAGACAGAAAGCAUGGCACCCACUGAUGUACAUUUUAUCUGAGACGGAUAUUUCGUUAUUUAAGAUGCACUUGUUAUGACAGUUGUUCAUAUCACUUUAUAGGGCAUAGCAUUUGAUCACAUUGUGCUGGACAAAUAAAGGUAUAUUUGAAAAUGUAUUUAAAGGAACACUGUACACACAUAAAUCAUUUAAGCUUCCUGAAGUGCUUUAUGUGUCUGGAGCCAAUCACAUUUGUGACAAUUUAUAAAAAUGCAGAUUUAAAUAGAAUUCAGCACUUUAGAAUUAGGGGCAGGAACACCUGCCUGACUGUAAAUCAAAAAGCCAGUGAGGUGUCCUUCGGCUAGCUCCAUGGAGCUAAUGAAAGUGGCAGGUUUGCUGUGCUAGCAGGUACCUGCCUUUGCUACUGCUCACUGAGAAGCAUUGCAAAGUGUUCACAUGUACUUGCGGCUCCAGCACAGAGCCUUCUCAAUGAGGACCCUCUGGUUGAAGUAUUCCCCAGCACAGACUGAAGAAAAGGAGAGGGCUUGCAAGAGAUCUGUUUUUAGAUAUACCCCUUCCACAAUUAAAAAAAUAUAUAUAAAUAAAUGCAUGCAUGUUUCACUGGGGGUAUAUCUAAUAAAUAGUAAUUUCAAAAAUAUUUUGGAGGCAAUGGAGGGUUCUGUUUUUGUUUAGUUUUUUUGGUUAUCAAAGAGGAGAAACUGGAUUGGACCAUUACCUUAGAAGGCCAUGCCUCCUUCCUGAUGUCGCAGGAAGUGGAAAGGCGAGCAACAUAGUGGGAAUCAUGGCUCUAGAAAAAGGCGAUUUUUAAACACUUUGUUUAGUUUUUUUAAAUAUGGAGGGCAGCUAUAUCUAACUAGGAACAUGGGGCCCGAUAGUGUUAGGAAUACAGGUUUGUAUUCUUACCGCUAUAAUGCACCUUUAAAGGAACACUAUAGUGCCAGGAAAACAAACUCGCUUUCCUGACACUAUAGGGUUAAUAGGUUAAAACCCCUUUAUCCACUUACCUUAAUCCAGCGGCAGGCUCCAUCGGAGCUGGUGACCUCUCCUCCCCCUGCCGACUUCAGCUCCCGAGUGGAGCCGAAUGCGCGUGCAACCACAGCCACGGGUGCAUUCAAUCCCAAAGCAUUAUUCAAGGCUUUCCUAUGGGGAUCUGAAAUGACUCUGGAUUCCGUGAGGACGUCCAGAGUCAUCUCAGUACGAUUUUCUCACUGAGAAUUGCGGAAGCUAUGAUUUCAGCUGCAGGCUUAAAACUAGGGGGACCUUCGUUGAGCCGAAGUGGUCUGGGUGCCUAUAGUGGUCCUUUAAAUAUAUCCAUUCAAUGGUGAUUUUAAUAGGUGAACCUGGCAUCCACACAAUAUGUGGAACAGGUCCACUGAAAAACAAAGAAAUGGAAGCUGCCAAAAGUAUCCAUUCAAUGGCUUGAGUGGUCUUCAUUUUAUUAUUUAUUUAUUUUAAGAAUUAAAAGCCAUGUCACUGUGAUAUAAUGGCCCUCUAUAGAGGUUUAGUGAGAAUACCAGUGCCACUACUGUUUCUUUUCCCCUUUCUGUCACUGUAGUUAUUGUCCCCAUAAGUGAGGCUAGUGUGCAUGUGCGGCAAAUUGAUGUGCUGCACCAAUCAAAUGCUCUUUAUGUCUCUAUGAACCGUAUUUGACUGAGAACAUAGCCUGAUUCGGUGCUCAUGAGGUAAGCAGAGGCGGCUCUAGACUUAAUGAGGCCUCAGGGGAAACUCAAACAUGAGGCCCCACUAACAAAAAAAAAGUGAAAAAAAAUAGAGUUGCAAUACAUGCACACUGUCACAUGGUGAUGGUGAGAGGGGGGGAGUGAUGGUGAGAGGGAGAAGGCGGUGUGAGGGGGUUGAUGGUGAGGGGGGUUAUGUGAGAGGGGGUGAUGCUGGGGGGGGGUGAUUGUGAGGGAGGAGUCACAUACCUUUAUUUAUUCCCUAGUGUUCCGGUGGCCAUCAUUUCCGGUCUGCAGCUCCACAGAGCUGCAGACCAUGAAUCUCGCGAGAUCCAAUCAGAGCGUUGCAGUGGUAAUCCGCAGAUCUGCUCACUGCAGACCGUUGUCGGAUGGCUGGUCACUGACCGAGGACCCGACACAGUCUGCCCACAGGCGGUUUAGGCGGCCGCCUAAACCACCUAAUUAGAGAGCCGCCUCUGGAGGUAAGAGCCUCUAGAGGUUGUCUGGUAGACACUAGAAAUUUGUUAACCCUACAAUGAUAGCGUUACUGUAUGUUUUGUAACUUCAAUAUUUUAGAUUGCAUUUAAAACUAAAGGACCACUGCAUCCCAGACCAUUUGGCAUGGCCUGGGUGCCUUCAGUGGCAAUUUUACCAAUUAUUGGUUUUAUCUAUCAGUUACAUGCAAAUGAUUCAGAUGAUUUGAUAAUUAUCUUACUAGUGUUUUCCUGUCUAUUUUUAUUUUACUUUUUAAUACAUAGUAUCCAGCUUGAUGUUUUUGAAUUGGCAAAUUUCGCUGGUUUUACCGUGAGAUCAUCGAGAGUAGAAGCAGGCCGAUCUCUUCUUGGUGUCCAUUCGGCCUGUUUGCAACUUCAGUAA